GGUUCUGUUUUAAGGCUUGUGAAGUUGGGGAAAUACGAUUGGGAAUUGAGGAAAGAUUUGUGUGAGAUGGAGAAAUCGGCAGCUUUAGCGUUGUUUGUAGGAUGGGAAGAGAUUUUCGUAACGAAUGAUAAAGGGAGGAAGGAGGUGCAUUAUUAUCUGAAGAGGAAGGAUGGAGGUUCGGAUUUAGCUGUGGUUGGUAAGGAGAGGCGCCUCAGGCACAUGUCUUACUACUACGCUCUUCGUAAUCGUUCUGUUCUUCUCUCUCUUGCGCCCUCUUCUUCUCUUCUCAAGCUUCGCUCUCGAAGAGAUGUCGUUGAUUGGCUCUCGUCCGUCGUUCCAGAUGGUAUAGAUUUACCUUCACAUCAGUCAUCUCAAUCGGCUGACGGUUCUUUGGAGAGUGAGGAUGGUCGUGUUUCAGAUAGACCGUCAUUUAAGAAUCUUCAUGUACAAGAACUCGGGCACCGUCCAAAAGGAUUUUCCUGGUUGGGUUCUUCAUGGACUUGUAAGAAACGCCGCAGGCAUUAUCAAUCCUUCUCAAGGAACGGAGUUACUGUUUAUGUCCAUGACUUUGUAUAUAUUAUGGCUGAAGAAAAUAAGAGGCUUGUUGCAUACUUAGAAGAUCUGUAUGAGGACACCAAAGGCAAUAAGAUGGUUGUCGUACGAUGGUUUCACAAAAUUGAUGAGGUUGGUAAUGUUUCGCCUGCCGAUUUUAAUGACAGAGAGAUUUUCUUCUCUCUUUGUCUUCAAGAUCUCAGUGUUGAAUGCAUCGAUGGAUUAGCAACAAUCCUUAGUGCUCAGCAUUUUGAGAAGUUCCAGAAUGAGGCAAAACACACUAGGUUGGAACCAUUUGUUUGCCACAGGAUGGUUGAUAAAGAUGAUGUUAAGCCCUUCGACAUCACCCGAGUUCAAGGUUAUUGGAAGCAGGAAAUACUCAGAUAUAUGUACACUACAUCCCAGCAUAGGACUAAUGUGAAGCAUGGUAAUGUUGAUGGCGGCCUAGAAGUGGAAGGAAAUGGUGAUGACACUCUCAGCAGAACUAGACCCAAAAAAAGACAUCGUGCGUCCAUUGAUGAAGUGGACCACCAUCAGUUCCAAUUUAGAAAGGAUGUAAAAGAUGCAGUUUGUGGAGAUAUUCAUAAGUCCAGUGAGAAUUUGGUUAUUGGUCAUGGCAGUGCGGAUAUAUCUGCUCCAAAGGAAGGCGGAUCUGAUGCUGAUUUAUCUAUAAAAGAGGCAGACCAGCAAAGGUCCCAUCUGCAUUUAGCAGUGGGUUCUCGUGUUGAGGUGUUCUCUCAGGAUAGUGGUAUCAGGGGCUGUUGGUUCCGAGCCUUGGUGCUGAAGAAGCGCAAAGAAAAGUUGAAGGUGCAAUAUCAGGACAUUCGAGAUGCAGCAGAUGAAGCAAACUAUUUAGAGGAAUGGGUUCUGGCAUCAAAGGUUUUGGUACCUGACUAUUUGGGUCUCCGUCUAAGGGGAAGGACAGCCGUUCGCCCAUGCCCACCAUCUAACAAAGGACAAGUCUCCUGGAGCAUUGAUGCUGGAACUGUUGUGGAUGCAUGGUGGUGCGAUGGGUGGUGGGAAGGUAUCGUGGUCCAGAAAGAAUCUGAAGAUAGAAUUCAUGUUUUCUUUCCUGGAGAGCGCCAGAAGAAAAUUUUCGGUCAUGGUGACUUGAGACAUUCUCAGGAUUGGGUAGUUAACAAGUGGAAAUAUAUAAAGGGAAGCCCAGAUAUUGCGUCUUCAGUUCUAUCUGGUCUAGAAAACAGUCGAAAUGUUGGUAACGCAGGGAAUAAGGCCAAUGUGUGUAAUGUUUUACCGAAGAAGGGAAAUGAUGUGUAUGAUUUAAGUGGUGUAACGAAGGACCUUGACGUUUUACUUAACAAGGAAGCUCCCUGUUUUGAACCUAGAGAUGAUGGGAAGAAGGAUGCGGAUUUGUUACCAAAUCUUGUCAAGGAUGAUUUACUUGCUCAGUUAAGGUGGAAGUCCUCAAGGAAGAGAAGGCGUACUAGAGAGAGCAUUCCAAGGAGGGGCAGCUUGGAUUCUAAGCAUCAUAUUGAUGGUAGCAGCAGUAGCAGCAGCCUAGAGAACAUAGAAUCUCCUCCUUGUGAAAGAUUCUUAAACCCAAAAUCGUUGAAGCUGGAUCAUGAGAACUGCAAGUAUGUGGGAGAUGCGAUUUUAAAUGCAUCUGUACCUUUUGCAAGCUUGGUCAUGUCUAGGUGAUUGGCAUUGUUUUUGUCUCCUUCAGCAACAUAAUCUUUACUAGUGGUCAUACCCCUUCAAGAUCAGAU